CUGAAACCUUAUACCUCUCAGAGGCUUCUAGUGUUUAGUUUGUGUGCAUUUCCUCUUUUCAUCUUUUCUCUGUUGCCUAAAAUACAUGUAACCUCAAGAGGGCUAUGACUUCCUGCUGAACUGUGAACAGAGGUGAUGUUUCGUAGAGCGUUUGAAUGUGUUGAAAUGCCUGUGAAUUGACCUCGAUCAAUGUAAAAUGUCCUGCUGUCUGCGUUUUAAAAUGUUACAUUUACACUACUUUUUUUUUAUACUUUGAUGACAGUGUUUGUAUGAUACUCGGAUGUGUAAUUGAACACUUUGGAAGCACUUAGACUUUCAUUUGACACUUGCCGUUACCUAAAAGAAACGCAUUGAAGAUAAAGGCUGCAUCCAGAAUCGCAUACUCUCUGAGUAGGCACUUCUUUUGAAUAAGUAAUUACUUCACGACUGUUAAAAAAGUAUGUUCUAUGUAUGAAUGUAAUCUGGACAUAUGCCAUGUUUUCACUGUCAUGUGACCUAUCAUUUGCAUCCCGUGGCUUCAUGGGAUAGCAAAUUGUCCAUCUUAUGUUCGCUUCAGAAUUAUCAUCUGGGUACUUUUCACCUACUGUUUUAUGAAUACUAUGAAUUUGGACAUACUUCUCUUUUCACACACUGUUUGUCGCCUAAUGUGUUAAUAAGGAAGUAUGCCAUUUUUGGAUGCAGCGUUUGUUGUAGGCAUUUUGAAUCAGAAUAGCAUGGUGCCCUAUUUUUUUCUGUAGUAGCCUAUAUACACUGUGUGCAAUAUGUAGGCAUGGAAACCUGUUACAUCUGCCGAAAUGUGCUGUGGGACUUCUGGGAUAUUGUAUUUUACAGUGCAGUGCGUUCGACUUUUAUUUACUGUGAGACAAAUGAACUUCAUCUAACAAAAAUUUUAUCAUGCCAGUAACUGUAAAGUAAUAUAUUUUAUCACUCGUUGAAUUAAACGUGCUGUGUAAAUGGUUCAUGUGACUGCUUGAUGUAUACUGUACACUUCAUCCUCUCAGCAAAAGGUGGCGCUGUAAACUCAAAGAAUAGAGUUUUUUCUGAGCGCUGACUUCGGCCAUUGGGUUGUUUGUCAAGAGAAGGAAAACUUGUUACACCUCACCUGGAUACCGAGUGGACAUGAAAAGCCAAAGAAAACUUUAAUCUACAAUAUUCUGUCAAGCAAACCAUGAGUUUACGGAUGCGAUAGAUCUCAGAUCGCUAACUGAAGUCGACAAACAUGAUGAAGAAUGGAGCAUUGCAGAAGAGCAAGCAGUGGAAUGUGAGGAGAGCUGUCUGGCUGGCGGCCGUCUUUCACUUCCUCCAUUCCUGUGGCUCCAGUUGCCUCCUUCCCUUCCUGACCCUCUACUUCCGGCACUUGGGUCUCAGCGCCUCGAUGAUCGGAAUCAUCAUGGCCUCCAAGCACCUGCUGGCCUUGGUGUGGCGCCCAUUGUCUAGCUUCCUCACCAGGCAGUACGACAAACGGCGGACGGUCAUAGUGGGCUCUCUGCUCAGCUCGGCACUGGUGGUCUUGACUCUUCUGCUCUUUCCGUCCACAGGAAUCCAAGCUGAAAGUGGACGGUGUAACACUAGUCAACCCCAUGCUGAUCCUACCACCAUUCUAGAGUGGACGACGGAUCCAUCGCAAUCGAACACUACUGUUUACUCAAUAAACCAAACAUCUGUAAGUACCGAACCCCCUGUCGAAGUUACCACACUUGUAAGCUCCAACUGGUCAGCAAGAGGCCUGAGGUCUUUGAAGAAGCCUCGACAGGAAGAAGACCCUCACACAGAGUUCCUGGGAAGCCUGAAAGUUAUGGAUGCCCAGCAUCAAAUGUUCUUUCUAGUUCUCAUUGUGAUGGGUGUGUGGGAGUUCAUGGCCGCCCCAUUGGAAUGGACGGCUGAUGAUGGACUCUACGAAUACUUGGAUUUCGUAGACGCCACCGACCACCAUAAUGGCGUGAAGGUCUGGAAGCAGCUUGGAGCUGCUUUUGGCAACUGUGCAGCUGGAGUUCUUGUAACCAGCCUGUUUUGUCUUGCAGGAACUACGGUGGAGUUUUACUCCUACACUAUAUUCAUGAUCCUAACCGUCCCUACAGCCGCCCUGCUUCCAAUCUACCUCCGCAAGCGUGAGCGACCAACUAGUACAGGCUUGAAGGCACUACAAUUGGUUUAUGGGAACUCGCAGGCGAUACUUUGUGCCGUCACUGUUAUUCUGAUGGGCAUGGUGAACUCAGCCGUGUCAGAUUUCCUCUUAUGGCACAUGCAGGACUGCGGUGCCACGGAAAUCCACAUGGGCAUCUCUUUAGCCUUGGCGCACUUAAGCCAAGCUAGCUUUGCUCCAAUCGCUGGCCAUCUCUCCCGGUUUCUGAAGUACCACGGUUGGUUACUAGUCCUCGCUGUUGUUAGUUUAGCCCUGCAGUGUCUUUACUACUCCUUUCUGUGGGGCCCGUGGGCUGUGAUACCCGCUCAACUGCUGGCAGGCUUCAGCACCGGCGCCCUCUGGUGGUCCAUAUCAUCACAGAGCGAAGACAUCGCUACUCCCGGCACUGAAAAGACCAUUAUAAAGCUGUUUGAGGUACUUUCUCUGGAGCUGGGAGCAACGUUUGGCAGUCUGGCGGCUGGGUUUGUGGUGCAAAAGUUUGGCCUCCGAGUGCUUUUCCAAGGCACCGCGGUCAUUCUGGCUUUGUGGAGCAGCGCUGUUGCCUUACUCAAGUGGAAGAUUCCUCGGCAGCGCCGGAUAAACUACUCACGGCUGCUGGCCACUGACACCGAGAUGAGCGAGUCGGAGUCAGAUCAGGAGAAAGACUGGCUUGAGACGGCUAUGGAAGACACUAUGGACAAUAACAAGUGGACAAUAAAUAAGUCUUAAUCAAUGGAAGGAAAUAAGUGACUUGUUAACAGUCGGCAAAUAAAAAAAAACUAAGAGCGAGAUAUC